AUGAACCUCAAGCACCUUACCUUGGCAGCCCUGCUACUGGGCAAUGCAACGCCCGCUCCUGUCCCAAACCCACAACCUCAGCCGGCACCAAUCGAUGGGGGCCAGAUAGCCUCCACAGCUAUGCGCGGUUUGACGGUUUGCGCCGUCCCGUACUUAUUGCACAUCCGACAGCAAGGCCUCGAUCAAGCCAAGUUGGAAGAAACCAUCAAGUCAGCCGACAAAAAUUGGGAGGAGAGGCUGAAGGAGGCCACCUCGAUGGAGGAAAAGACAGUAAAAGAUCAAAAGGACAGCCAAAAGGCGGGAACCGGGGCCCAGGGCCAAGCAUCAAGUUCCUCGGCGUCGUCUAGCAACUCGGCCACUGUCACACCUCUCGACCCGCGUUGCCCUCACGCGUUCACCACGUACUGGAAAUUUCAACGAGCCAAUCACGAACGCAUGCUGACCAAACGGCCGACGGCCUCGUCUUGGAACUCCAGGCAAAACACAAAGUUGGCCAAGGCGACCGAGCAGUGCAGUACCAACCUUCUCAUCGCCCGGUCAAAGUUCAUGCAGCAGAACGACAUUUACAGGAAGAAAUAUCACAACCAAGCCCGCCUCCCGGACGAAGACUUGUGGAAAGUCGACGUCGAACCGCAGACGUUGGCGGACGUCGAAUACUCCAUCAAGCAGGGCUGCAUCUACGCCAUCAACGGCGUGGAGCCUGAACCCCUGCCGGAGAUGGCCGCAGCGGCCGCGCCAGCCCCGCCGCCCUCGGAGAGGGGGAGCAGACAGGAGCAGACGCCCUUGCUGCCCCUCUACAGCACGGGGCGCAGGGGAAGCAAUCAGCAGCUGCCCACCGCGCCGAUCCCACAGGAACGCCUCACGGUGCCGGCCUCGGCGGCUCCUCGCGCAGGCGGGCCGUCGACGCAGCAGAGCCAGAGCCCUGCCGGCACCAGCGCCGGGUCGUCGGCCCAGAGCAAAACGCCGCCGACCCCGCCUGGCUCCCCCAAGGAGAGCAGCUCUAAGCCGAGUACGCCAAAAGGGCCGGACCAGUCUGGGUCGGCUUCGGCGGCUGACGGCUCCAAAGGAAAGGGUAAGCUGCCGGCCGGCACUGCUCCGGGCUCACUGGCGAGGACUCCCUCCGGCCUGGGUGGGCGUCCGGCGAGCUUGGGAAGUGGUGCUGUUGGUGACAAGCAGCCGGAUCCCCUGACAAAAGGCGAUCGUCAGAGGACGUGGUAG